CGCGGGUGCUCGCGGCGCGGGCGCUGUUCGUCGGCACCACGGCGAGGCGGUGGUGGCUCGCCAGUGCUGCCUUGCUCUCGUACAUCGGGGACUGGGGAGUCCUCGACUCUGUCCUCUCGAAGCCGCUCGUGGAGCCCGAGGACGACGCGUCCCUGAGGUACACGAGAGAGUCCGAGCGGCUCAGCUUCUACGACUAUCUGCGGGUGCACAUGUCCAGCGUGACACGAUGGAGCCGCUUCUAUUGGACGACUGGCCCCCGGCGGGGGCAGGUGGCCCUCCUGGCGAUGCGAAUGUACCCCAAGAAGAAGAACGACACAAGGUGGAUCUACGUGAAGCCGGACCGCGCGCUCGGCGUGGGCGACAUCAAGGAUCGGGCGAAGAUGUCGAGUCGUCGACAGCCAGGCUGGGACUACGAGGCGUUCCCGACCCUCACAGCCACCGAGAAGACGGACAUCCUGGAGAAGGCCAAGGAGAAGCAGCUCGAGGCCGAGCUGUAUCUGUCCAACAUCCGCGGCUACGUUGCCUCAUUGUCCUGGUUUCGCUCUGGUCUGGUUGGCGUAUGGAGCACAUGGAACUGGGGGUCGACGGUGGGCGCCGCCUUCUUUUUCUGGAGGGUAGCGGUCUACUGCAACCUAUGGCAGUGGAUGCGCUGGUCAGUGGAGAAGCUCGAGGACGGCCACAACAUGAUACUCGAGAUCGACGGCUUCCGAGGAUAUCUGCACGACUUGUACCAUCGCGGCAAGCUCGAGAUUCCCAUCAUGAUCUUCACCGCUGUGGUGGCUCUCGGGCCAAGUCUCCUGCGUUGCUGCAGGCAGCGCCCCUCCCCUUUGCUCGCGGGGGCCUCGCCUCCAGUGAGCGACGUGGACAACGACGGGGAAGCGGGCCACUCGGUGACGGGGUCGUCGGACGAGUGCGAGCCAGCCAAGGACACGCAGGAGAUGAAGGCCACGAUGAGCAACCUGCUCGACGAGAUCACCAAAUCGAGGUCGGAGUCACCACGUGCCCCCACGAGUCGGAGUGCCUCGUCGGCCGCGUCCCCUGGAGAGAGCAGUCACGCCAGCUGGGAGAGAGUCCCCAGUGUCAACACGGACUCCAGCAUGGACAUGCAUGUGUUCAGGAUGAUCGACCGGCUGAAGCGCUUCGAGGACAGGAUCAAUGCGGACAAGGCCUCUCCUGGAUGCAAGCCCUUGCAGGACGCCUCGUCCACGUCGGCCACGGCGAGAUCUACGACGCGCCCUACCAUCGACCUGGGGACGAAGGAGACGCUGGAGGGCGCGGGGGUGAGCCUCGAGCCCUUGCGGGAGGCACUCCGGGACCCCAGGGAGAGGUUGCUGGCCAACCUCUCGAAGAUCGACGCGCCGCCCACCUUCACCCUCCCAGCGGGCCUCACCUCCCGUGUGGCGCCCGAGCUGCUGGUCCAGACCUACGGGAAGUACGGCAGCAUGGUGAAGUUCGCGACGGACUGGGUUCGCCUCAAGGAGUUGAAUCGCAACCACAUCGGCCACGAGAUGAUGCUGCACUGCUUGACGCUGGACCGGAUGCUGGAGGCCUCGCCCGAGUUCAUCCAGACGGCGGGCUGCGAGAUCUCACGCGCACGAGUUUAUGCUUUGAAGCGGGCGUUCAAGGACGUGGCAUGCAUCAACGACUGGAAGCAGCCCCGGGGCAGCGGGGCCAACAAGUGGAAGUCCAAGGUGCGCUGGGACCUCGCGAACGAGCUGGACUGGAGGUCUCUCACGGAGGGCGAGGAGGCGCUCCCAGGCGCGGAGCGCGACUUGACGGCCAGGCUGCAGCAGAAGGCUCUCUUCCAGAAGUAUAUGCAGAAGGGGGGCUCGGACGCAGUGAAGGAGGAGGUGGCCGCGAUCAAGGAAGACGAGGACGCCGCCAUUCGGCGCGUCAUGGCGGGUCGGGCCUCGCCAUACUCAGGCGAUGGGGCGACGGUUGCCCUGGGAAAGGAUUCAAAGGGAAAGGAGGUGCUACCAAAGGGCGCGAUGUGCUCCGUCGACGCGGAGGAACUGGCUCUUCCGGCGCCAGGGACCAUCCCUGCCAAGCUCGUGGACAUCUGCCCGCUGGCCGCCGAGUACUUCUCCGACGUUGCGGGGAGGAUGCUACGCGAGCCCAGCAAGGCCAUGGACGAAGACCUGAAAGGCCAGAAGGUCUACCGAGAUCCGUCUCUCCGAUCGAGGGCGUCGCGUCUCCGCCUAGCCGAGAGGCUUUGGGAUGCGGGGAUGCUCGGGACCACCGACGAGCUGGUCGAGGGGGUCUCGCUUUUCGGAGUCAUCAAGAAGUACCUGCAGGAGGAGGGGGACCCCCUCAGCCCCGCCAGGCGCCAGGUGCGCGACAUCUGGGACCAGAGGCGGGCCAACCUCCGCUGGCAGAGGCACCCGUACGUGCCCCUCGGCAGCCCCGCGACCAUUGCUCACGUGGACCUUUCCAACCUGAGCGAGAGGGACGUGGUCUACACUGGCGUGGGCGACAUCCCGGACAUGUUCUAUCGUUUGGAGACGCCGCCCGAUGUCUGGCCCUACUUUGUCUUGGAGGAGGUGCCAGUCCACGAGUUCGUCGACUACAUGAGGACCAAGGGGCGGGACUGCGUCAUCCCCGAUGGCGGGCCCUUCCUGGCGCUGAAGGCCCUUGUCAUGGGCUGGUCGUGGGCCCCGUUCUUGGCCCACUCUACGCUGCAGGCCUGCAUGGCGCGCGGGCUCGGGGAGGACUCCGUCGGCGCGCGUCUGGUCUAUGGGGCUCCGACGCUUCGACUGACCGGGCCCGAGGGGUUCGAGUCGGUGAACUGGGCGUACAUGGACGACUACGGGGUCAUGGCCACGUCCGCCAGCGCGCAGCAGCCGGUGAGCGAGGUCGUGAGCGGACUGACGGCCCGAGUCAAGCACUACUUGCGGCAGGUCGGGCUCCCCGUCCACAAGGAGACCGAAGGCGAGGGGCUCGAGUCGCUGGGGGCGGUCAUCCGAGGCCGACCCUACUCCGUCUCAGCAGAGACCGACCGCACCUGCGGCCUGGCUCUGGUGACGCUGCGGCUGGUAGAGCGGACGCACUGGACCGCGGAGCUCCUCGAGCGCGUCGUGGGGUUGCGGGCGCGGGCGGCCAUCUUCCAGCGCACGGGCCUCGCCAUCUUCGACCAGGUGUACCACGAGAUGAGACGUCCCGAGACCGCCAAGACGCCGUUCCCACUGACGGACGCGGCGAGGUGGGAGCUGACUACGAUGGCAUACUGCGCACCCCUCUUACGUACAGAUCUCGAAGCUCCGUGGCUCUCGCAGGUGUUCAUGACGGACUCCAGCGACACGGGCUACGGAGUGGCGGUCACCGACGCCUCGCUGGAGGAGAUCAGGAAGGACGCCCGUUACAGCGAGAUGAGGGGCUGGACGAUCGCCACCGGGGAUAUCUACACAGCCCAGGAGGAGGACGCCUGGCCCCCCCACGCUGGGGGGUGUGCCUACGACGUCGACGAGCUUAUCGAGGCCUCGACUGCACCGCCGCCGCGGGCAAGUCGGAGGGUCUACCGGGCGCUGCACCUCUUCGCGGGCAGGCGCCGGGAGGGGGAUCUAGAGGAGGCCAUCCACUCGCGGGCGGAGCGCGACGGCUACGAGGUCGAGGUCUGGUCCAUUGACGCGGUGAUCAACCCGAAGCACGACCUCACCAACGACGAGUUCGUCAGCCUGAUCCUGAGCCUGGCGCGCGACGGGUACUUCCACGCAGUGAUCGCCUCGCCCCCAUGUUCAACUUGGCGGUCCGCGAGGUAUGUCGAGCUAGAGGCCGGGGUCUUGAUGGGGCACCCUGCGGACCCAGAGGAGGACCCGUGCCCGUCAAUCUGGAACCUGCCCGAGAUGGCAUGCCUCCUCGAGGAGACGGGCGGGAAGAUCAAUCGGAUCGACCAGUGCCGCUACGGAGCCCCGUCGAUGAAGCCGACCAUGAUUGGCAUAUUCGGGUUCUACGACGACGCACUGGACCUCGCCGCGGACCGUCUCUGCUUGAGGUGCAACCACCGAGGGAGGCAUCAGACAGUACUCAAAGGUCGGGCGGAGCGAGGCCGUCCCGAUUUCUGCACCGCCUCCGCCCAGGCGCACCAGCCGCCGCUGUGCGCCGCGCUGGCGGAGGUGAUCAUCGAGGCGUCCGCCCGCAUGACGAAGGAGAUGAGGGGCCCCGAUCCGACGGGCUCGCGCGUGUCUCCAUCCACUUCGUCCUUCGGCCGAGGCCGGGAAGGGCGAGGAUCGAGGUCACGAUCUACGCGACGUGGGCCGCGCCUGUACGGGAUACGCUGGUGGGUAGCCGCCAUGGCAUUGGAGGCAGUCCACCCUGUUGGAGCGGUUCGCCCGAAGCCACCCAGGGCGGGAGACAUCCCCCUGCAGAAGCGAGGGCCACGGGCGUGGGAGAACUACGAGAAGGAGCCGCACCUGGGCAUCAGCGAGGGCGGCUUCACAAGGCAGCUUACCCACUCCGUGGCGGACGUCACCGCGGCGCAGUGGGCCCCGAACGUUCGAGACUUUCUUAGCCACUGUGUCGACAAGGGUUGGGAGCUGCGGUCCGCGAGCGCCGUGGACCACGCCCUGGCCGACUACAUGGACAUGAAGUGUUGCAUGGACCGGCUCCGCCCUACGUGGGGGACGAUCGUCUUGUUCGGGCUGCUGGUGAUUUGGCCUGAGCUGAGGAACCAGCUUCCCCUAGCCUUGCGAAGCCUGAAGAGCUGGCAGAGGCUGGUUGUCUCUGUGGAAGGGGGUCCUCUGCCUGAGGAAGCUGUCUUCGCCAUCGCCAUAUACUUCUUCGAGGCGGGGCUCCUGGAUGAAGCCAUCUGGACCCUUGUGCAGUGCGACGUCUACGGGCGGGAGCAGGACAUGGAGAUGCUACGCGAGGCCGACAUCAUCUGGGAUGGCCGAUGCGUGGGCUUCCUGUUUGGCAUCUCGGCCCGAGGCGAGGAGGGCAAGACGGGCAGCAACCGAGGGGUCGUCAUCCGCCGCGGCACGGUCGCGAGCCUCAUCCUGGCCCUGAAG